UUUUCUCCCUCCCAGGCAGCCCAGAGGCAACCCCUGAUGCCUCCUCCACCCUCUCCUCCACAUGGUGAAGUGAAAAGAGCCACCAUGAAGCCAGCUCAGAUGCUGUUUGGGAGGUGGCAACUGAAUAUCCAGUGAUGGAGAGAGAACACACGUAUUCAGAUGUGGAAGAGAACAUUGAAUAUUGUGAUACAUUGGGCGUGGUGGAGGGAACAAACCCACUUAAUGAAAGGGAAAACUUUGAUGUUUUCCAAAGUGAUCGUUCUCAAGAAAUCUCACUUCUUCAAAAUAUAUCCAAAGGAGACAAUAGAGAAGAGUGCCCUGGGAGUGCGGGAGGAUUUUCUGAAACAACAGAUACAACUAUGUAUUGGAACUCUCAUAUUGCAAGGGGCACAUUUAAAUGCCUGGAGUGUGGAAAAACUUUUGGACGGAAAAAUAAUCUAACUGCCCACCGAAGGAUUCACACAGAGGAGAAAUCUUAUAAAUGUGCGGAGUGUGGGAAAAGCUUCAGACGGAGUAAUCAGCUUACUCUCCACCAAAGGAUUCACACAGGGGAGAAACCAUAUACAUGCCUGGAGUGUGGGAAAAGCUUCAGACGGAGUGAAAAGCUUACUGUCCACCAAAGGAUUCACACGGGGGACAAGCCAUAUAAAUGCCAGGAAUGUGGGAAAUGCUUUAAUUACAGUGGAACCCUUUCUUCCCAUCAAAGAAUUCACACAGGGGAGAAACCUUAUAAGUGCCGGGAAUGUGGAAAAUGUUUCACUAAGUGGGGUCACCUUAAUGUCCACCGAAGGAUUCACACAGAAGAGAAACCAUAUCAAUGCCCAGAGUGUGGAAAAAGCUUCCGUCAGAGUUCAACCCUUUCUUCCCAUCAAAGCAUUCACAUGGGAAAGAAACCAUACAAAUGCCUACAUUGUGGGAAAAGCUUCAGGCGGAAGGGAAGCCUUACUGUCCAUCAAAGAAUUCACACAGGGGAGAAACCAUAUCAAUGCUUGGAGUGUGGGAGAAGCUUCAAUCGGUGCCAAAGUCUUACUAACCACAAAAGAAUUCAUACAGGGGAGAAGCCAUAUAAAUGCCUAGAGUGUGGAAAAAGCUUCUGUGAGAGUGGAAGUCUUACUGCCCACCGAAGAAUUCAUACGGGGGAGAAACCUUAUAAAUGCCUGGAGUGUGGAAAAGGCUUCAGUCGGAGUGGAAACCUUACUGCCCACCAUAGAAUUCACAUAGGGGAGAAACCUUAUAAAUGCUUGGAAUGUGGGAAAGCCUUUGGACGGAAAGGUAUUCUAACUACCCAUCUCAGAAUUCAUACGGGGGAGAAAUUAUAUAAUGAUAAAAAAUAUAAAUGCCUGGAGUGUGGAAAAGGCUUCAGUCAGAGUGGACAGCUUACUGCCCACCAUAGAAUUCACAAAAAAAAGGGGUGUAAGGGGGUACCCACUUCCCUAUAGAAAUGCAACCAACGACCAACCCAGGAAGUG